UUUUACACAGAAAACCGGAAGAAUUCACUGGCUGUGAGUGCCUAAAGCUACUCGGGCUAAUGUAUUUGUAAACAAUAAAAGGGAGGACAAUCGGGUGAAGAGGACCCUUAUUUAGGUAACUAAGAAUUUACGAGUGUUUAUUGAAACCAUUUGGAGUUAAAAGUACUGAAACUUACCACUGGCUGGGAAAAAUACGAGUGACACUGUGAAAGUGAAAGUAAGUUGGCUGUGUGAGACAAGCAGGAACUGACAACCACCGGAGAAAUCAACAGAAUGGCUGCUAGCACAUCACUAUCUGAGGUGGAUUGCACCUGCCCUGUGUGCUGUGACAUAUUUAAAGAUCCUGUUGUCUUGCUGUGUGGUCACAGCUUCUGUAAGGGCUGUCUUCAGGAGUGGUGGAGACAAAGUAGACUCCAGACAUGCCCGGUCUGUAAGGAACUAUUUCCAAUGGCUCAGCCUCCACGUAAUCUGGCACUGAGGAACCUGUCUGACACCUUGAGACAAGGGAGGAGUCAGAGAGUUAACUCAGAAGAGAUGUGCAGUCUGCACACUGAGAAGCUCAAGCUCUUCUGUGAGGAUGAUCAAGAGCUCAUCUGUGUGAUAUGUAGGGAUGCACAAAAACAUAAGAAACACAACUGCAUCCCCAUCAAUGAAGCAGCAGAGGCCCAUAGGACCCAACUCAAGGUUAAACUGACGCACUUAAAAAGCAAACUGGGGUCGUAUAAAACUGCAAAAGUCAACUGUGAUGAAUUGGCCAGACACAUCAAGGAAAGUGUUUCUCCUCAGCUCCAGGCUCAGCAGACAGAGAAGACAGUCAGAGAGGAGUUUCAGAAGCUUUACCAGUUCCUGCGAGCAGAAGAGGCUUCCAGGAUUGAUGCAGUGAGGAAAGAGGCGACGCUCAAGAGUGAAGCAAUGAACAUCAGGAUUGUUCAUUUGACUGCAGAGAUCUCCUCGCUCACCAACAAAAUCAAAACCAUAAAUGAGGAGAUGAAGGCUGAGGACAUCUCAUUUAUUCUGAAUGUCAAAUCCACUAUGGAGCGAUCCCAAAGCAACCUGCGACAACCAGAGACUCCAUCAGGAGCUCUGAUCAAUGAGGCCAAACACAUUGGGAACCUGCUGUUCACAGUCUGGGGGAAGAUGAAAAAUAUAAUCCAAUACACCCCUGUAACUCUGGACCCCAACACUAGUGGCUCGCACUUGACUCUAUCAGAACAGAUGACCCGUUCAACAAGCAACAACUAUUAUCCAGAGCCUGGAAACCUAGAAAGCAUGCGUAGCUCAGCCAUUCUCGGCUCUGAAGGCUUUAGCUCUGGAAAACACAGCUGGGAUGUGGAGGUGGGGGGUUUUGGGGCUCUUGGUGUGGCUACUAAAAUCAAGGAUCAAAUCUAUGGAAAGAUCUGGAGCAUCUACAUAUGUCCUUGCUUUCUCUUUCUGUAUGAACGUACUCCAGACAAUUAUAAGGAAGUUGAAUAUAAAGAUCUAUUUCCCUGUAAGGUCAGAGUGCAGCUUGAUUAUGACCAAGGAAUACUAUCAUUUUUAGACCUUGAUAGUAAAACACUUGUACACACCAUCAAAUACACUUUCACAGAAACAGUCUUUCCGUAUUUUUGUGACGUAAUAAAAAUCCUUCCAGCUGAAUUGUCAGUGGGGAGAAGACAACCCAGAUAAAUAUCCUGCAUUGCUGCAGGGGUUCAACAACAAGAUGAGGCCUUGAAACCUUAAAGAUUUACAGUAUCACCUACCUUAGCAAAUCCUGGACUAAUUGACACUUUACAUAUGUCACUUUUCUUUUCUUUUUUAUAUAUGAGUUUGUUUAAUAAUUAUUAGUUUCAUCCUAUGAUAUACUGUAGAUAUAAAAAGUGUAAUAAUUUGACUUCAUGUUCAGCUGCUUUAAGCAUAAGCAGGUAUAGCUAAUGGGUGUAUGUAUGUUUUAGAGGCAAAUAGACUUUUAGAGUUCAAUCAUGUAAAUAUCUUUUACUAUCAUCAGACUAAGACAGUUUUCUUCUUUUCAUCAUGCUUACCUGUUUUGGGGGAGUUUUUGCUUAUCUGGACAACACACCUGUUGAGGCAAAUGUGUGAUUAUUGUAUGGGUCAUAUAUAUGAAAAUGAAAAUGUAUAUCAAGUCAAAUGUAUCUUGAGUAUGUAUCAUGUUUCAAACAUAAAUGUAUCAUGUACCUGAAUUUUUCCUUCAAGAGUUCUUGAUGUUCUAGAGCUUAACUGUGUGUAAGUUAUCUGAUGAUAUAGCAUCCAUAUUGUGCAAUGAUCAAUCAUGCACCCGGGUCCAGGGUUUCUGCAGUAACAUGGUUCUUCUGAUUUCUGUCAGCAAGGUAAAAACAAUUACAAUAAACAAAAUGCAGCCUG